GCUUUCUUUUGCUCAUCAACAAGUGCCCGCUCUUCCAGCACAUGCAACUCGCGCCGGACCCACCUAUGGUGAUGCAAAUGAGCGCGCGCACGGCGGAAGCCCAUCGCGCCCACGGAUUGGUCCCGACUCUUGGAAUACAAUUAUCUCGAAAAACCCGACGAGUGAAAGGGAAGAACUUUUUGUCACCACGCAGGUCUCUUCAGUUUGAGAGAAUCGAAGCGCUACAAGUGGUUGUCUGCAACUGCGCCGAGAACCUGCUGACUGAAGGACUGUUUGUUUGUUUUUAAAACAGCGCAAACAUUUCGAGUUUACUUUUCUCUCCCAUGAUUGAGGUAAUGACCACUUUACACACCAACUCGUAAUUUAAUCCCUGUGGUUCGAAGCGGGUGUGUCUUCUGUGUUCUUAUUAGUUAAUUAGGAACACUUGGUGCGUUCGGCUUCGCCUUUAACAGGCGACAGAGGCUGUGACUGUUUAGUUAUCCAUUUUUAAAUUGUAUUUAUUUUGAACUGAGACACUUUCAAAGUUCCAAACAAUGUAUAGCAUGAUGGAACACGAGCUGAAGCCUUCUGGGCAACAACAACAACAACAGCAGCAGCACCACCACCAAACGGCCCAGGGCAUGUCCCCGGUUACUGGAAACAUUGGCAACUCUCACCUGGGGUCCAAAUCCGUGUGCCCUCCGGGCGGGGACCCAAUGGACAAGGUCAAAAGGCCCAUGAAUGCCUUCAUGGUGUGGUCCAGGGGCCAGCGCCGCAAGAUGGCCCAGGAGAACCCCAAGAUGCACAAUUCUGAGAUCAGCAAGCGGCUUGGCGCGGAGUGGAAGCUGCUGACCGACGCCGAGAAGCGGCCGUUCAUCGACGAAGCCAAGCGCCUCAGGGCAGUGCACAUGAAGGAUUAUCCCGACUACAAGUACAAGCCACGGCGCAAGACCAAGCCCCUGCUCAAGAAGGACAACCAGAUGGCGAAGUACCCUCUCUCCGCCGGGAACCUGCUGGCCGCAGCGGCCGCGCAGGGCCAAGGUGGGAGCGCCAGAAUGGAGAGCUACGGGUGGGGCCCGGCGGGAGGUUACGCUGGGAUGCAGAACGAGGCCCUCGGCUACACUCAGCAGCUGCACCGCUAUGACCUGUCCGCGCUCCAGUAUCCCCAGGCCAUGACUGCAGCACAGACAUAUAUGAAUGGAGCCAACACCUACAACCCCAUGUCCUACAGCAGCAGCACCCAGCAGCCCAGCCCGGUCAUGUCCAUGGUGAAGCCAGAGCCAGUAUCACACUCCCCGACUGGUGGACCUAACCACCACCGCGGGCCUCUCCAAGGGGACCUGAGAGAUAUGAUCAGUAUGUACAUCCCCGGGGGGGACGCCAGUGACCCGGCCGCCCAGAGAGGAGGCUACAGUGUCCAGCAACACUAUCUCAGUGGGACCGUUCCCCUCAGUCAUAUCUAGGGACCAGUGGGGGUAGUGACUGGGACUGGUGUUGGGUGUGCCCGGACAGUUAAAACGCACCCCCGGAACUGAACACCACAGCCUUAGACACACUCAUUAUGGUUCCGUGUUGCAUUAAAAACAGCAGUGACUUUAUAGGAAAGGUUAUUUUUCUACCUCUGCAAUUUUAAAUAGAAUCCCUUCUUCCACCCCAUCCCGUCCCAAGACUGGGUGGUUUGUUCAUUCUCCAAUCCACUGUUUGGAUGGAGACCUGUCCCUUCUCUUUGAACUAUGAAGGACUGCUGUAUUGUAUAUACGAUCUUUACUUCUCUCCAUGAUGACAAUGUUUGUUUGUGUACAUAUUAUAUAUUUUUUCUCUCUUGACAAAACUGACCUUGACAUCCACAAUCUUGGUUCAGAAACUCCCAGGCUCUAUGUAUGUUUCAAGACUCCAUAAUGUUCACAAUAUUCCAUUGUAUUCUCCUACUGGCAUGGUAGCGUCUGUCCCUUGGGUUGAUGGGUAAUCAUCACGACCUAAACCAACCGGGAUGGAGACACGACUUCUCUCAAAUGGCAUCCUAUUACCCAUCAUGCACAAAUUAGGAUCCGAGCACUAUGGGCCCUGGUCAGAAGUAGUGCACUAUAAAGGGAAUAGGAUGCCAUUUGGGAUGCAAGCACAAAACCCACAAUGGAGGGGCCCCACCACAGGAACACAACACACUGGGAACUGGGUUAGCCAAUCAAGGUCCUCCAAAGGCCAGUGACAUACAAAUCACAUGACCUGCCACAAGGCUUGAAAAGAUUCUGAUUCCAGAACUGGGGGUGUGUGUGGCCCAAUGGGGCCUCGCUUAGAACGGAUCAUCUCAAAUCAACUAGAUGCCUACUACUGACGUGAACUAGAUGGAGAAAUGCACAUAACUUGAAUGAAGUGACUUCUUUUUUUA